GGCCUGGGACUGACUGGUCAAGACUCUGAUGAUGAGAAUGUGAUAAUGAGCUGGACUCAGCCAGCAGGGCUUGUCCAGGUUCAACACAAAGUCAUGAGAGGAAAGCAUCAGCUUCGGGAAACAUUAGAGGUUACCGUGCAGUGGCGGGUGCUGGUGUUUCUUAAGGGUCUGGCACGUUUGCUGAAUGAUUCUGGCUGUCUGCCGGGCUGAGCUUCCUGUUCAUAGUUCCCCAGAUAGUCACGGCCGAGGGAUUAAAGCCCUAAGAGGCUCUGACACAGCCGUCUCCAAGACCCACUUUCUCCUUCCUUUGAGCCUCUGUAGCAGCUGGGGCACCCGGCAAGAUGUGAGCUGUCACUCUGCUGUGGCACAGACCUGAAUUAAAACUCUAGAGAGAGCUGACUUCAAAACGUACUUUCAUUUUUAAUAACCAGCAUCAGCUCAGCCUGCUUCAUUUGGGAAAAGAAACCUUGCUGGAUUACCCUGACAGUCGCCACCUCGUAGGGGGCCAGCCGUUCCCAAAUGCCCCAGGGAUGAAGAACGCAGACGUUUUAUACAUACAGGUGUAGACAUGACUGAGUUACAAGACAGAAAGAAGCCAUCAGAUGCUUGAGCUAUACACGGAGAAGUCUGUGAUGCAGCAGCUGCAAAUGCAGACUGAAACAGCCUGUGCUUCGCCCGAGAGCCAAACAGUGUAGAUGCACCUGCUGAAGAUGGUGACUCCCUCCUGAGAAGCUGGACUCCUUGGUAAAAGUCAAGGCCUUCUUUAAGGAGAAUAUGAAAGUGUUACUCAGACUUACUUGUUUCAUAGCUCUCCUGAUUUCUUCUCUGGAGGCUGAUAAAUGCAAGGAACGUGAAGGAAAAAUAAUUUUAGUUUCAUCUGCAAAUGAAAUUGAUGUUCGUGCCUGUCCUCUUAACCCAAAUGAAAACAAAGGUACCAUAACUUGGUAUAAAAAUGACAGCAAGACACCUAUAUCUACAGAACAAGCCUCCAGGAUUCAUCAGCACAAAGAGAAACUUUGGUUUGUUCCUGCUAAGGUAGAGGAUUCAGGACAUUACUAUUGUGUGGUAAGAAAUUCAUCUCACUGCCUCAAAAUUCAAAUAACUGCAAAAUUUGUGGAGAAUGAGCCUAGCUUGUGUUAUAAUGCACAAGCCAUAUUUAAGCAGAAACUACCCAUUGGAGGAGAUGGAGCACUUGUCUGCCCGUAUCUAGAGUUUUUUAAAGAUGAAAAUAAUGAGUUCCCUAAAAUGCAAUGGUAUAAGGAUUGCAAACCUCUACUUCUUGACACUAUACACUUUAGUGGAGUCAAAGAUAGGCUCAUCGUGAUGAAUGUGACUGAAAAGCAUAGAGGGAACUAUACCUGUCGUGCAUCCUACACAUACUUGGGCAAGCAAUAUCCUAUUACCCGGGUAAUAGAAUUUAUUACUCUAGAGGAAAACAAACCCACGAGGCCUGUGAUUGUGAGCCCAGCCAAUGAGACAAUGGCAGUAGACUUGGGAUCCCAGAUACAAUUGAUCUGUAAUGUCACUGGCCAGUUGAGUGACGUUGCUUACUGGAAGUGGAAUGGGUCAUUAAUUGAUGAAGAUGACCCAGUGCUGUGGGAAGACUACUACGGUGUGGAAAAUCCUGCAAACAAAAAAAAGAGUACCCUCAUCACAGUGCUCAAUAUAUCAGAAAUCGAAAGUAGAUUUUAUGAACAUCCAUUUACCUGUUUUGCCAAGAAUACACAUGGUGUAGAUGCAGCAUAUAUUCAGUUAAUAUAUCCAGUCCCUAAUUUCCAGAAGCACAUGAUUGGUAUAUGUGUCACGUUGACAGUCAUAAUUAUGUGUUCCGUUUUCAUCUAUAAAAUCUUCAAGAUUGAUAUUGUGCUUUGGUACAGGGAUUCCUGCUAUGUUUUUCUUCCAGUAAAAGCUUCAGAUGGAAAGACCUAUGAUGCAUAUAUACUUUAUCCAAAGACCACUGGAGAAGGGUCUACCUCUGACUGUGAUAUUUUUGUGUUUAAAGUCUUGCCUGAAGUCUUGGAAAAACAGUGUGGAUAUAAGCUGUUCAUUUAUGGAAGGGAUGACUAUGUUGGGGAAGACAUUGUUGAGGUCAUUAAUGAAAACAUAAAGAAAAGCAGAAGACUGAUUAUCAUUUUAGUCAGAGAAGUAUCAGGCUUCAGCUGGCUGGAUGGUUCAUCUGAAGAGCAAAUAGCCAUGUAUAAUGCUCUUGUUCAGGAUGGAAUUAAAGUUGUCCUGCUUGAGCUGGAGAAAAUCCAAGACUAUGAGAAAAUGCCAGAAUCUAUUAAAUUCAUUAAACAGAAACAUGGGGCUAUCCGAUGGUCAGGGGACUUUACACAGGGACCACAGUCUGCAAAGACAAGGUUCUGGAAGAACGUCAGAUACCACAUGCCAGUCCAGCGACGGUCGCCUUUAUCUAAACACCAGUUACUGUCACCCGCUACUAAGGAGAAACUUCAGAGGGAGGCUCACAUGCCUCUUGGGUAGCAUGGAGAAGUUGCCAAGAGUUCUUUGGGUGCCUCCUGUCUUACGGCGUUUCAGGCCAGGCUGUGCCUCAUACUGACUUGUAGAGUUUAUGGAAUGUAACUGUAUCUUCCUUUAUCUCUGAGGUCACCUUUAAUCAGAUUGUUAAGGGAAUAAGCCAUGGCGUCAAUAGCAGGCCAGGGAACUUUGAAGUAGAGGGCUUGGGAAGAUCUUUUAAAAAGGUAGUAGGCCGGGCAUGGUGGCUCACGCCUGUAAUCCCAACACUUUGGGAGGCUGAGGUGGAUGAAGCACCUGAGGUCAGGAGUUCAAGACCAGCCCAGCUAACAUGGCAAAACUCCGUCUCUACUAAAAAUACAAAAAUUAGCUGGGCAUGGUGGUGCACGCAUGUAAUCCCAGCUACACGGGAGGCAGAGGCAGGAGAAUUGCUUGAAACCAAGAGAUGGAGGUUGCAGUGAGCCGAGUUCAUGCCACUGCACUCCAGCCUGGGCAACAGAGCAAGACGCUGUCCUCCCACCCCCACAAAAAAGCAGUAAAUGCCUUUUCUGAAUGUUUGAACUGCCAAGAAAAGGGAUGGAGACAGCAAACUAGAAGAAAGAGCAUGCAGGAAAUGGUCGCCAUCUAUAGAUGACUUUGUUAAGUCAUCCACAGCCCAAGGGUGGGGCUAUGCCUUGUCUGGGGACCCUGUAGAGUCACUGGCCCUGGAGUGGCUCUCCUGAGCGGCACAGCAGGCACAGUGAGAUUGACACCUCACUGAGGAAGGGAGACAUAUUCUUGGAGAACGUUCCAUUUGCUUGUAUUUUCCACACACAUCUCCAGCCAGAAGUUGGUUUCCAAAGACCAAAUUUUACAGAUCUUGAAAACUGUCACUUCAGUCAAAAAAGGGAUUCUCCAGUAUUCCAAGGUUUUGAAGUCAUCUUCGCUUUCCGCAGAAGAGAGAAAACUUUAAAAAGCAACAGUAGCAGGGAACUGAUCCACUUCUUAAUGCUUUCCUCCCUGGCAUGACCAUCCUGUCCUUCGUUAUUAUUGUACAUUUUACGUCUUUGGAUGGACAGCUCCCUGGUGGCUUCCUUUCUCUGCAUUGUCCCUGGCACAGCUCAUGCAUGAACCAUCCUUCCUGGGGUGCUGCUCUUCUGUCAUCCCGCUCCUGCUGAAGCACCUCCCGGUGGCUCCACCUGUUCAGGAGUUGAAGCCCAUGUUCUCCCACCAGCUUGUCGCUCCCUGCUGUGUUUGCCAGCCUCCCCUCGCUGUCCCGCUGUGUGAAUUCCCAGGUUGGCUUCGUGGUCGUGGCACCUGCCCCCAGCACUCUUCUGUCUUUGCCCUUGCCUGGCCCCUUCCUCCUCCUCUGCCUAGAAGGACUUCUCGCAUUUUCUCCAGCUGAUCAGAAUUUUACUGAAAUUCAGAACAUCCUCCAAUUCCACAGUUCCCAGGAGACUUUCCCUAAGAGGCAACUUUCUCUCCAGCCCUCUCUUUCCAGUCAGGUCCACGGCAGUGAUGGCUGUGAGUGUGUCAUGGAGGCUGGUCUCUCUCCAGCUGGAAUCGCUGCACUCUGUAGGAGAGGCUGUGGGUGGCUGUCUCUGUCCCCCACUGCCUUCCAGGAGCAAUUUGCACAAGUAACAUAGAUUUAUAUAGUGCUUUAUUGUUAAAAAAAUUCCCCAAUUAUCUUAUUUAAUUUUUGCAAUUAUUCUAAUUUUAUAAUAGAGAAAGUGACCUAGUUUUUUUUUUUGUUUGUUUUGUUUUUUUUUUUUAUCACACUCUAAGUUCCAUUGAACCCAGGACUUGAGCCUCCAUUUCUGGCUUUUAGUCUGGUGUUCUAAGUACUUGACUUCAGGUCAGUAACUGUCCCCCUCACUCUACACUGGCACUUUUGUGAGAGGAAAUGACAUUUUGCUAGGAAGUGACCCAGUGUAGGAAUGCUUUUAUUUAAGACACCAGAUUCCAAACUUCUGAAUGUUGACAUUUUCAAAAAUUAUGUUUAGAUUUUAUGAAAAAAUUCUUCUACUUUCAUAUAUUCUUUCCCUAAAGGCAAACAUUUCUUAGUCCAUUGAAAAUGAAGGCACUUUUUUUCGAUUUUAUAUAU